AUGCAGGCGAUUCGGCCAAUGCCAUCGGCGCUGGUUUCGCUGGUGGCGUCCACGCUGCUCGCCGGCACGCUGGCGCUGGUCUUCGAACUGGACGCGAUAAUCGCCCUGCCGGCCAUUGCCAUGGUCUGGCUCCUGGGCAACGGCAUCCUCACCUACAUGGGCGGCCGCUCGCAGCAGUACAUCGCCAUCAGCAUGGUCGGGGCAUCCCGCGUCACACCCAUCGUGGGCAGCGCGGCGCUGUUCUCCGCACUGUAUGCCAUCACGCUGACGCGGCUCGGCGUGCCUGGGUUCAACGAACACCUGACGCCCAUGCUCGGUGUCGGGACGGUGGUGGUCGUGGUCGGCCUGGCGCUGACCGGAGGGAACUUCCUGCGCCACAGCUGGGGCAGUGACUGGAAAUCGGUGGCGGGAUACGGCCUGGCGGUACUCGCCGCGGCCUGCUACGGCGCGUCAACGCUGAGCGGCCGGGUGCUGAGCCUGCAGUUCGGGUCACCUUUGAUCAUGGCGGCGGGCAGCAUGUUCUUCGCCACUUUGGUGCUUUCCCCCCUGUUCGGGCGCGAAGCGGUCCAGAAAUCGACCAGCUCAGGUUGGGCGCCGCUGUUCGUCCUCCUGGCCGGGUUCGCCGCCGCCUGCGCCGUGAUUUCCCUGUACUUCGCCGUAACGCGGGAAGGGUCGAGCAUCCUGGUCAUCGCGCCCGUCGUAUCCUGUAACCCGCUGGUCACGCUGGUAAUGGCGCGUCUGUUCCUGCGCCGGACGGAAACGAUCACGAAGGAACUGGUAAUAGGCACGUUGAUGGCCAUCGCCGGCGUGGCGAUGGUGGUGGUCGGAGGACUGAUUGCAUAA